UUGUUACGUGUAAAAGUUAAAUUUUUCGGUCGUAAUGGAGUUUUUCCGUUACGAAAACUGUCGUUAGUGCUAGGCUACAGUGUGUGUCAUUGUUUACGAAUAGAGUUUCCUGUGAGGAGCUGCCGAUUGUUGCGCUAGGAUCGUUUUUCACUUCAGCUGGACCGAUCGCCAUUGUUCAACAGACGAGCAAACGACUAGCAAAAGCAACAACAUCGACUGCUCGGGGCUGAGCUCUAUCUUGUCUCUGCGGAACGGGCGAAGGUUGGAUGAAUUUUCCUGGUUUUUUGGGCGCUAGGUUGGAGUCUUGUUAUUAGAUCAGUUUUAACGGUGUAUGAUAUCUUUUAUUCAGUAUACUCUAAGCGUCAUGAGCAAUUUUAACAACAGUCACCACAGCAACACCGCUAGCAGCCAAAAUUCUGCUGCUGAAGGCACAAUGGAAAGAGGAAGCUGUAUUUUAGUUCGUUACGCCAGUCAGAAUUCUCUGGACGAGAGUUCCCAGAAGCAACUGCCCAGACAAGAUGGAAAAGACAAAGCAACGGGAGCCUAUCGGAACAAUGUGCACACUCAGCGAUCAUUCGAUGCCAUGAACACUAUGAGAGAACAAAACUUGCUCUGUGAUGUGAUUCUCGUUGCCGAUGGCAUCGAAAUUCCAGCGCACAAAAUGGUGCUGGCCUCCUGCAGUCCGUACUUCUAUGCAAUGUUUACCGGAUUCGAGGAGAGCCGUCAGGACCGUAUCACGUUGCAGGGCGUCGAUCAUCGCGCGUUGCAGCUGCUUGUUGAAUACGUAUACACAUCAGUGGUGGAAGUUACCGAAGAUAACGUGCAAGUGCUAUUGACGGCGGCAAAUUUGCUACAGCUGACUGACGUGCGCGAUGCUUGUUGCGAUUAUCUGCAAACUCAGCUGGAUCCGAGCAAUUGCUUGGGGAUUCGAGAUUUUGCCGACAUUCACGGUUGCAUUGAUUUGUUGAAUUAUGCGGAAACGUACAUCGAGCAACACUUUUCGGAGGUAGUGCAAUUUGAUGAGUUUUUGAAUCUCACUAGUGACCAGGUAGUUAACUUGAUUAAAAGCGAUCGACUGUUGGUUCCUUCAGAGGAAAAGGUUUAUGAAUGUGUAAUCGCUUGGAUCCAGUACGAUAUUACAGGUCGUCAGGCAUACCUGGCGGAUCUAAUGGAACACGUGCGGCUUCCGUUAUUAUCACAGGAAUAUCUUGUUCAGCGAGUGGAAAAAGAAUAUUUAUUGAAGGGCGAUAUUCAAUGUAAAGACUUUAUUAUUGAAGCACUUAAAUAUCAUCUACUGAAGGGAGAGCAGAAGACUUCCUUUAAGACACCUAGAACCAUUCCGCGGCAGCCGGUAGGGUUGCCAAAAGUUUUGCUUGUUAUUGGUGGACAAGCACCGAAAGCUAUACGGUCGGUUGAAUGUUAUGAUCUUCGAGAGGAACGCUGGUAUCAGGUAGCUGAAAUGCCUACCAGACGAUGCCGGGCGGGUCUCGCUGUAUUGGGAGAUAAGGUUUAUGCCAUCGGAGGAUUUAAUGGUUCGCUAAGAGUGCGAACAGUCGAUGUUUAUGACCCGGUUCAGGAUCAUUGGACUGCUUGCAGUGGUAUGGAAGCAAGACGCUCCACAUUGGGAGUAGCUGUGUUGAAUAACUGCAUUUACGCUGUCGGUGGAUUCGAUGGUUCUUCCGGUUUGAGUUCAGCGGAAAUGUUUGAUCCUAGAACACAGGAGUGGCAGUUGAUUGCAUCGAUGUCAACAAGACGAAGUUCGGUUGGGGUAGGAGUCGUUCAUGGUUUGCUCUACGCUGUGGGUGGCUACGAUGGAGCAUCGAGGCAAUGUUUGGCCUCGGUUGAGCGCUAUAGUCCAACAAACGAUACAUGGACUCAAAUUGCUGAAAUGUCCGAUCGCAGAAGUGGCGCUGGAGUAGGUGUUUUGGAUAACAUUUUGUAUGCUGUUGGAGGGCACGAUGGUCCGUUGGUGAGAAAAUCUGUGGAAGCCUAUAAUUCGGAAACUAAUACAUGGCAUAAAGUGGCCGAUAUGGCUUUUUGCAGACGAAAUGCAGGUGUUGUGGCCCAUAAGGGCAUGCUAUUCGUCGUUGGUGGUGAUGAUGGCAGUUCAAAUUUAGCCUCUGUGGAAGUAUAUACGCCGGAGACUAACACCUGGCGACUGCUGCCUGCCUCGAUGAGCAUUGGGCGCAGUUAUGCCGGUGUAGCCAUGAUUGAUAAGCCCAUGUGAAGCGAGCAGCAGGGCGCUACCGCCGCCACAGCAGCAAACAGUUCAAGGUAUGCGAAUUGUUCGAUAAAUUGUAGUGCAACGAAUAACAGUCAGAAUAACCAAAACAAUGACGACGAAAAUAGUCAGGCUGAAGGGCUGAACUCAGAAGCUGGUGCUGUAGGUUAUAAUCAGAUCUCAAACAAUAACAAUAAUGUUAACAAUACUAACAAUAAUAACAACAAUAACAUCAACGUACACUACGAAAACAUCUAUGAGUCAAUUGAACAAUUUGCUGCUGCAGCAAAUGCUGGUGCGGCUGCGGUGGCCCCUGCUGUAGUUCGUAACCCUCUAGGAAACAUUCCUCCGCCAUCACACGGCGUUCAGUUGAAUCAACCAUCUCAAGCCGCUCCGCCACCAGCAGCGGCGUCGGUCGGUUUGGGAUUGAGAAACAAUAUUCCAACGAGUGGCUCGUGCCCUCCACCUCCUCCACCACCAAGUAUGCUACAGAUGCAACAACAAUAUCACCCACUUGCUUAUCGCAACGAAUUGUACGAACGAACGGCCGGAUACGAUGUUCCCCGGGGAUGUCCACGCAAUAAUUACUACCAAAACCAGGCAGCGAAUGGCGCCGUUCCGCGUUAUCAAAACAUUCAUCUGGACUUUAACCGACCGUGUUAUUCUCAGAAUCCCGUGAGAACUCCCAGACAACGAAGCUUCGACGAUACCGAAUCCUACCAAUACUAUCGACAUCAGAAUCAGAACAAUUGUACCAAAUAUGACAACGUGUAUGAACUGCUUCGAGAAGAGCCAGCAUACCAGAACACAGGAGCGUUCGGAAUGUCCGGCAGUGCAAACGCCAAUGCCAACCGAGGAAUUUUCGGAAGGCUCGAUGUUAUUGGCCACGGCGUUGGUCGUAUCGAGCGUCAUCUAAGCUCAUCUUGCGGAAACAUCGAUCACUAUAGUUUGGGAGGACACUACGCAGUGUUGGGACACAGCCAUUUAGGGGCAGCCGGCGAUGUUAAAUUGAAUUCCGCCACAAACGGUCAGCCCGCUAGCUGUAAAGAUUCUUCUUCGGUUAAUGUUAAGAGCUUUUUCAGUUGCCUCGGAGGCGAGAAUUCACAAUCAAUGAAUAACAUCAGCAAAAAUAGCACAGCAGCACAGCCAACUUCGGUCGGGCCUACAGCUAACGGCGAUAGUGCUUCCGGUGUCAGUCCCGUUGUUUCGACGAAUUCUUCGAUCACUGCAACGAAAGUAACUGGAACUAUUCCAAAGAUUAAGAGUAAAAUCCGGAAAGAAACCCAUAACUCGCUUGAACCAACGGAAUCUGAUUCUCAUUCUAGUCGUGUUUCCAAGCCAUCCCUUCAGUGGUUACUCGUCAAUAAGUGGCUUCCCUUGUGGGUGGGUCAAACUCCUCCGGACUAUAAAUUUAUCGAUUUUAAUUUUAUGUUUUCGCGGAACUGUGAUGGAUGCGGAAGCACUGCAAACCAUCAGGAACUGAUGCGUCUGGACGGCAUGCCGGAGAUGCGUUCGCAAGAGUACGGAGAUUACAUUCCCCCGGCUAGAGAGUAUCCAACCAUGAAUGGAAGCUAUCCGCGCGUUUUAAGGAAUACUCCGCAGCUGUCAAGAUUGCGCGAACACGAGUACGAAAAUGUCCCUGUGGAUUCGCCCUCGGGAAAGUUGGAUUGUGCUGCAGCCCGUGCCGUUUUGAGUCACGCUAACCGUGCACGGUCGGAAAGUCCAGUACGAUCUGCUGCCGGUGCAGCAAGACGGGACGACCAGGCAGCGGUUCGCGAUCCAUUCCGCAGUUGGGCAUUCAAUUUUGAUGACAACAGUUUCCGCCCAGCCGGCGCAGCCGGACAGAAUGGAUUUCCUAGGCCGCGUGAAAUUCGUCGUAUCACGGAUGGAACAUUCCGUGCUGCUGAUUUUCAACAAGGCAUUCGAGAACCACUCAAAGAUUCGUCCAUUGGCGCUUCUUCUGCAGUCAAUGAGUCACCUACACCUUCUACAUCCCGUUCAAACUCUGCUUCUCCUCCAAAAAUUAAAGAUGCCGCAGUUUCUCCUGCCCUACAAGAAAAAGAAGAGACCCCCGCGUCAAGUUCGUCAGAUUCGGAUAAUUUUUUGAUGGAUUCUAUCGCUACCGAUGCUGGCGAACAAGCAGGGGAAAGCAGCAGCAGCAGCCAGUACGUAGAAAUGGCCGGAAAUAUCGAAGUAAACAAAGAUACCGCCAAAGAGAAGGAAGUCACAUCUUCUCUGGAAACAUCGGAAUCGUCCAACUUCGAGAAUGCCGGUGAAAUAUCUGUUACCGAUGACGAGAAUGAGAAUGAGGAAAACAUUGAUGCUAUCUAAAUCUUGCUUUACUUGAGGCUUACCUAAACGUGAACUAUUUCUUAAAAAAUUCCUUCGAUAGACUGCUUUAAAUUAAAAGCAAUCUGUUUUACCUUGCUUGCUCAAUAUUUAUUUAGAUUCUAUUUAUUCUAUUUACACAGAAAAUUUUCUUAGCAAACUUUUUUUUAACAAAACAUUUAUUUCUCGGAAUAAAAAAGGCAUUUAUUGGCUGACACUCACAUUUCCGGUGAAUUUAGACUUAAACACAUUUAGCAGUUAGUAUAUCAAAGUUUAGUAAUAUAAGGGUUACAAUGCAAUGACAUGUUAUAUCAAGUAGUUUGCCAGAAGAACAAAAUUUCGAUGUCGAACACGGAAAAUGUUAUCACUGUAUCGUAUAUCCUUGUCAAGUUAGCAGCAAAAAUGACAUAGGCCUAUCUGCAGAAAAAAAGCCAUUUAUCAACUAGUUUUAGGCAAGUUAGUUUCCAACAGUGAUAGUCAAUUGUGUUAGUGCAUGUUCACAUACACACACCCAUUUACAUUUCUAAAACACUGAGAAUAGUUGCGCGACCCUACAAAAUCAAAGCAGCAUAAGUUCAGUACAAACCUUGUAAUUAUGAGACCUAUCUAAGCAACUACUACUUUUACCAUGCUAACACACUCACUGAUGCGGUCAGUAGAAAGUACAUUUUAAAAGUCCAAUAUUAGAAGACAGUGGAAAAACCGUCGAUAUUUAUUCCUUAACAUUCAAUAAGUCUAUAGAUAUAUUAUCCACUUCUAGCGCUGAAUACAUGUGCACAAUACCAAUUACAGUUACUCAUUCCUGUGGGUACAAGUUCUACCCCCUUUAGGAUGAACGAUUGAUUCUUAUUGUAUGCAUUAAAUGGAAUCACGUAAUA